AUGAAUUUCAAAGAGAAAUAUGUUGCGCUGAUGGCGCAGGUACAGUUAAAUAAUAUCAACACACCACAUAAUAUAGAUCUAAAUGAAAUAAUAAGGAGAAUAAAUAUAGAUGCUGUUCGUCUUAAAGGUAUUCAUUUGUACCACAUCAAGUUUGGGGACGAAGCACACAGAGUGGGCGAAAAGGACACGAAACUUAUUAAAUAUGCAUCUGGCAGGACAUAUGGUCAAGCAGAUUAUUCAACAAAAGAAAGAUAUAAUCUUCUAGCUGAACGAAUAAGAGGACUACUAGAAGAAAGAAGAAUAUAA